AUGACAAUUGCUUCCUCUUCUGCAGAUGAAGAAUUGAUAGGUUUUGACGAUGAGAGGGAAACUAUAAGAGGUCAACUAGUUCGAGUAUCACCAGAGCUAGAUGUUGUUUCCAUUGUCGGUAUGGCUGGCACCGGUAAAACAACCCUUGCUCGAAGUUUUAACAAAAAUGAUUCUCAUUUUGAUUUCUGGGGAGAGUGUCGUGUAUCUCAGGUAUACACGCGGAAAGACUUGCUACUUUCCAUUUUGAGUUCUAAUUGUGACCCUACUGAACUUAGUAAAGAAGCUGCUGAUGAGUUAGCUGAUAGACUACGGAAAAUUUUAUUGACAAAGAGAUACCUUCUGAUCAUUGACGAUGUGUGGGAAGUAAAAGCAUGGGAUGAUUUGAUAUUAUGCUUUCCUGAUGCUAGGAAUGGUAGCAGAAUCAUUCUGACCACCAGACUUCAAAAAGUUGCUGUUUGCGCUAAACGUGUUACUGAACCCCAUUUCGUACGUCCUCUGAACAAGCAAGAAAGUUGGUUAUUGCAAAAAAGGGUAUUUGGAAAAGAAAUUUUCCCUGAACAGCUAAAGGAAGUUGGGCAAAAAAUAGCAAAAAAGUGUGAUGGGCUACCACUUUCCAUUGUUUUAGUGGCUGGUCUUCUCACAAAGAUGGACAGGAUAGAAGGAUGUUGGACGCAAAUGGAAUUAUGUUUCGGUGAACGAAUCCAGGAUGGCGCCAAGGAUCUAGUAAAACUAAGUUACAAUGAUUUACCUUAUAAACUGAAACCAUGCUAUUUAUAUUUUGGAGCAUUUUUGGAGGACAGAGAGAUUUCAGUCUCAAAAUUGACAAGCUUAUGGACUUCUGAGGCAUUCAUAGAAAAUGAUGGGGAGAAGUGUUUGGAGGAUAUUGCAGAAGAUUACUUAGAGGAUCUUAUUGGGAGAAACCUCGUCAUGGUGACUAAGAAGAGAUCUAUUGGGAAGAAUAAAGCAUGUCGUGUCCAUGACUUAAUGCUCGAUUUCUGCAAGGAAAAGGCUGAGGAGGAUAAUUUCCUGUUGUGGCUGAAAAGAUAUCAAGAUGCCAAUCCUCCACAUUUUUAUUCUGAAAAGCCUGUGCACCGCUGCUUAUCAUUUUGCUCUAAUCAGGAUGAUCUUGCUGGGUGGAGACGAUGCUCACACGCUCGUUCAAUAUUAUUCAGGGAGGUCGGUGAUAAUACAUGUUCUUCAAUGGGACAUGCCUCUAUCAUCUUUGGCAACUUCAAAUUUCUCACGGUGUUGGAUUUGGAGUUUGUUGAUGUGAAAUCUUUUCCCACUGAACUUAAUCAUCUGAGGUACCUUGCUGUUCAAACUACUGAGGAUUCUAUCCCGUCAUCCAUAGAAAGCCUUUGGAAUCUUCAAACGCUCAUAGUCAAAAGAAAGGGAGGACAGUUACUGUUGCCAGAUACCCUUUGGAAGCUUAGUAAGUUGAGAAAUGUAAGCAUUAGUGACAGUGCUUUUUUUAAUUUGCGUGGUGCACGAGAAUCUCUUGAUGAAAACCCCUCAAAGCUGGACAAUUUGGCAACGCUUUCCUCAAUAUAUGUUUCCAGGGAGGACAAUAUGGAGAGGAUAGUAAGAAGAACGCCCAAUCUUCGGAAGUUGAGAUGUAUUUUUGCCGAUUCAUGGGGUUCGGGAAAGAAUGAAAAGCGGUUCCCUGAAUUGGACUCAUUGUCUCAACUUGAAACACUAAAGGUGGUCUUCAUCAGCAAACCAGAGAUAGGUCCGUCAAGAUUAAACUUUCCAAUGAAUCUCAAGAAAUUGACAUUAUGCAAAUUUCCUUUGCCGCCUGCUGGAAUUUCAACCAUUGCCAGCCUUCUCAACCUUGAGGUACUUAAACUGCAGCAAGUUGCCUUUGAAAUGGAUGAAUGGGAAGUGCGAGACAAUGAGUUCCCUCAGCUCAAAUUCUUGGAACUAGAAAAUCUCAAACUCUCAAAAUGGGAAGUGUCUGAUGAAGCCUUUUGUUGCCUUGAGAAACUGGUUUUGCAUGGAUGUUCACAUCUCGAAGCAAUCCCUGAUUGUUUUGAGGACCAGGGUUAUUUGCAAUACAUUGAAGUAAAAUCAUGCAGUAAAGUUGUUGCGGAUUCAGUCGGGGAUAUCAAAGAAAAACGAGUUCAAAAUGGGUACAGUCUUGAGCAAAUACUGCUAUUCUUUGUCGUUGUUGGUCAUUGUUCUCUGGUUGGUUGCAGCGAGCUGCUGAUGUACUAUUGUGGUCCAUGGCAAUAG